AUGAGUUCCAUCGAAUCUCAGCAAUACCUCAAGGCCAUCCUCCGGGACAAGACAGACAACAGCAAGACAAGCGACAACAAGAACAACAGCAGCACGAUGUCUGGCUCCUUCUACGAAUCAGCUUUUGUGAUCCCUCACAUGCAGGCUUCUGCCAUGCCUCGUAGGCCUCGCCAGCCUGCACCGGCACCGCGACCAACUGUCGGCGCCAUGUCCUCAGAGUCAACGCUCGUCGACAAGGACGGCGUUCCUGUGAUGUCCAAGGAGAAGAACGAAGCCAACGGUGACAUCUCUGUCUACUCUUCUUCGAGUCUCCUAUCUCAUUACCUUCGGCCUCAUAUGGCCUACCGGUUCAUCAUCGUCGAGCAAGAAUCUACUCAAGCGUCUUUUGAAGAAAGCUUGAGUUAUUUUUGCAUAUACAAAAGACUCAAUUGGUCAGACAAUUCGCGCUCUACCGCGUCACAUGGAACUUUGGAGCUCCGGGCUAGCAGCGCUCAUACCCGUAACGGGCGCAUGGCUGCAGUCUUACAUCGGACCAUAUGCAUACACGUUCUUGCCAAGCCUGGUGGUUUCCAUCAGAUGACCAGCCGCACUUGCGCUGUUAAUACCAGGUUCAUUUGGCCAAUACUGGGAGAGUACACGUUGGCUUGGGGGCGAGUCGGCUUGAUAUUGCCUCAUUCUGUCUCUUACACUUUCGAAGCCGCGGAGGACAGGGUUGAGCUGAGUUCAGCCUGGAAUAAAGUUUUUGAGUCGGAAAGACCACAAGGGUUGGUUUGGCCUGAGCCUCCAAGGCCAGAGUUUUCACGCAACGCCUCUCCUGGUUGUCAUUUACUCAGUGCCUUUGGCAAAACGCAGGUCAAUCCCUUCAACAAUCGCUUGAAUACCAUUCUUCUCCCUAUGUUGUGCAUGGCAUCGCUUUUCAGCGUCGCACUUGCCCAAGCAUCUCAACGUCCUUCUCUGGAUAAUGCAAGGGACCCCCUCAACUGGUGCGGCCAGGAUGAGAAGGUUCAUGCGAUAGGAAGAGAGGACGACUUGGCCGCUCUUGAGGCAUUCUCUAAGCGCUCCUUGAACACUGAACAAGCCUCGAUUCACAUACCUAUCAAUGUCUUCCUGGUCGGAACGGAAGAACAGCGAAGUUCGGUCAAAUAUAAAAUUGAAAUCCGUCAUAUUGGGACCACUCUCAACGAAGGCUACGCUAAGCACGGCAUCACCUUCGGCCCGAUCGAGACAUACGAGGUCGCCAACGACACAUACGCCAACAUGAACCACAUGGAGCACCGGCAUGACAAGACCCGGGAAAUGCAGAGAGCGCUUCGCAUCGGUGGACCUGAAACGUUGAACCUGUACAUUGUGCCGAAAUUGGAUACAGGACUCCUUGGAUACGCCGCCUUUCCCGACUUAUUGACAAAUCCUUUCGGUAUCGUGGGAGCAACAGGGACGUGGUUCGAUGGAGACGCCGUCGUCAUCGGCCACAGUGCUCUUGACGGCACUCUGUUUGCAAAGGCCGUGAUUCACGAAACGGGACACUGGCUGGGGCUCUACCACCCGUUCCAGGGCUCCUGCAAGAUCCCCAACGGCGACUACAUCCCGGACACGCCGCAGUCGCGGCACGAGAACUACGCGUGUAAGGCCAAGGACACGUGCCCUGAUUUCCCAGGCGAGGAUCUGGUUUGGAAUUAUAUGGCUUACUCGUCGUGUGACAAGAACCUAUCUUUCACCCCAGGCCAAGCCCUUUUCAUGCGUCAGUCUUGGUACAGUUUCCGCGACCCCAAAACCAGAGACCUUCCCACCGAAUCGCGAGUCCCUUAUCGAACGACACCUAACAAGGAUAUGAUUGUUGAACAGCGUUUGAAGCCUGGAAGACCAGUCACGACAAAAUGGUGCGAAAAGGAAGUGUGCGGAACGGGCUCAGAAUUCAAACCUGAGAAUGAGGCGUGGUCUGGUGUGAGGCUAGUCGAAUUCAACUUCUGCUACUUGCUGCGCUUCUUUCCGUUCUUCACUUGGAACCUUAUAAUCACGGAUACAUCUGAGUUCGGUUACAUGAGCCUUAGUCCGCGAUGCCGUGCAGCCCCACUCCGGCUCCGGCCCAGAUCCGCGGGCCGGAGCGACAUCGGAGGUGGCCUCAAAUUCACAAUCGCUUGA